UCGGCGCCAGUCCCGCUCCGCGCUGUGCUGCUUCGCUCCGGCUCUAGCUCGGCUCGGGCUCGGCUCGGGCUCCGGUGGCGCCCCCCGCGCCGGGCCCGGGGCAGAAGGCGGCGCACCAUGGCCCGCGCCCAGGCUCUGGUCCUGGCGCUCACCUUCCAGCUCUGUGCGCCGGAGACCGAGACUCCCGCAGCUGGCUGCACCUUCGAGGAGACAAGUGACUCAGCAGUGCCCUGUGAGUACAGCCAGGCCCAGUACGACGACUUCCAGUGGGAGCAGGUGCGGAUCCAACCUGGUACCCGGGCUCCUGCGGACCUGCCCCACGGUUCCUACUUGAUGGUCAAUGCUUCCCAGCAUGCUCCAGGCCAGCGGGCCCAUGUCAUCUUCCAGAGCCUGAGCGAGAAUGACACCCACUGUGUGCAGUUCAGCUACUUCCUGUACAGCCGGGAUGGGCACAGCCCGGGCACACUGGGUAUCUACGUGCGGGUCAAUGGCGGUCCCCUGGGCAGCGCUGUCUGGAAUAUGACGGGAUCCCAUGGCCGUCAGUGGCACCAGGCUGAAAUGGCUGUCAGCACCUUCUGGCCCAAUGAAUAUCAGGUGCUGUUUGAGGCCCUCAUCUCCCCAGACCGCAGGGGCUACAUGGGCCUGGACGACAUCUUGCUGCUCAGCUACCCCUGCGCAAAGGCCCCGCACUUCUUCCGCCUGGGCGACGUGGAGGUCAACGCGGGCCAGAACGCCUCCUUCCAGUGCAUGGCGGCGGGCAGGGCGGCGGAGGCGGAACAUUUUCUCCUGCAGCGGCAGAGCGGGGCGCUGGUGCCCGCGGCCGGCGUGCGGCACAUCAGCCACCGGCGCUUCCUCGCCACCUUCCCGCUGGCCGCCGUGGGCCGCGAGGAGCAGGACCUGUACCGCUGCGUGUCCCAGGCCCCGCGCGGCGCGGGCGUCUCCAACUUCGCGGAGCUCAUCGUCAAGGAGCCCCCCACUCCCAUCGCGCCCCCGCAGCUGCUGCGCGCAGGUCCCACCUACCUCAUCAUCCAGCUCAACACCAACUCCAUCAUUGGCGAUGGGCCCAUUGUGCGCAAGGAGAUUGAGUACCGCAUGGCGCGCGGCCCGUGGGCAGAGGUGCACGCCGUCAACCUGCAGACCUACAAGCUGUGGCACCUGGACCCCGACACUGAGUACGAGAUCAGCGUGCUCCUCACGCGCCCGGGGGACGGUGGCACUGGCCGCCCUGGGCCGCCCCUGGUCAGCCGCACCAAGUGCGCAGAGCCCAUGAGGGCCCCCAAAGGCCUGGCUUUCGCUGAGAUCCAGGCCCGCCAGCUGACCCUGCAGUGGGAACCACUGGGCUACAAUGUGACGCGGUGCCACACCUACACCGUGUCGCUGUGCUAUCACUACAUCCUGGGCAGCAGCCACAACCAGACGGUGCGGGAGUGUGUGAAGAUGGAGCGGGGUGUCAGCCGCUACACCAUCAAGAACCUGCUGCCCUACCGGAAUGUUCACGUGCGCCUCGUGCUCACUAACCCGGAGGGGCGCAAAGAAGGCAAGGAGGUCACCUUCCAGACGGACGAGGACGGACCAUUCAAACAUUCUUCUCAGCUGAAUGCAACCUGCACAGUAAUGAAAACGCCAGCUUCCCUUUCUGAGUACUCAGGCAUAGGUUGGACCGUAGGAAAUUGCGUGCCUGGUGGGAUUGCGGCCGAGUCCCUGACCUUCACUCCACUGGAGGACAUGAUCUUCCUCAAGUGGGAGGAGCCGCAGGAACCCAAUGGCCUCAUCACUCAGUAUGAGAUCAGUUACCAGAGCAUCGAGUCAUCAGACCCGGUGGUGAACGUGCCAGGCCCACGACGUACCAUCUCCAAGCUCCGCAACGAAACCUACCACGUCUUCUCCAACCUGCACCCAGGCACCACCUACCUCUUUUCCGUGCGAGCCCGCACGGGCAAAGGCUUUGGCCAGGCGGCACUGACGGAGAUCACCACCAACAUCUCAGCUCCCAGCUUUGAUUAUGCUGACAUGCCGUCGCCCCUGGGGGAGUCUGAGAACACCAUCACCGUGCUGCUGAGGCCUGCCCAGGGCCGCGGUGCGCCCAUCAGUGUGUACCAGGUGAUUGUGCAGGAGGAGCGGCCGCGGAGGCUGCGGCGGGAGCCAGGCGGCCAGGACUGCUUCCCGGUGCCGCUGACCUUCGACGCCGCGCUGGCCCGCGGCCUGGUGCACUACUUCGGGGCCGAACUGGCGGCCAGCAGUCUGCCCGAGGCCAUGCCCUUCACCGUGGGCGACAACCAGACCUAUCGCGGCUUCUGGAACCCACCGCUUGAGCCCAGGAAGGCUUACCUCAUCUACUUCCAGGCAACAAGCCACCUGAAGGGGGAGACCCGGCUGAAUUGCAUCCGCAUCGCCAGGAAGGCUGCCUGCAAGGAAAGCAAGCGGCCCCUGGAGGUGUCCCAGAGAUCAGAGGAGAUGGGGCUCAUCUUGGGCAUCUGCGCGGGGGGACUUGCCGUCCUCAUCCUCCUCUUGGGGGCCAUCAUUAUCAUCAUCCGCAAGGGGAAGCCGGUGAACAUGACCAAGGCCACCGUCAACUACCGCCAGGAGAAGACGCACAUGAUGAGCGCUGUGGACCGGAGCUUCACGGACCAGAGCACCCUGCAGGAGGAUGAGCGGCUGGGCCUCUCCUUCAUGGACGCCCACGGCUACAGCCCCCGGGGGGACCAGCGCGGCAAUGGGGUCACUGAGGCCAGCAGCCUUCUGGGGGGCUCACCGCGGCGUCCGUGUGGCCGGAAGGGCUCCCCGUAUCACACGGGGCAGCUGCAUCCUGCGGUGCGUGUGGCCGACCUCCUGCAGCACAUCAACCAGAUGAAGACGGCCGAGGGCUAUGGCUUCAAGCAGGAGUACGAGAGCUUCUUUGAAGGCUGGGAUGCCACAAAGAAGAAAGACAAGGUCAAGGGCAGCCGACAGGAGCCCUUGCCUGCCUAUGAUCGGCACCGAGUGAAGCUCCACCCAAUGCUGGGAGACCCGGAUGCCGACUACAUUAACGCCAACUACAUAGACGGUUAUCACAGGUCAAACCACUUCAUAGCCACUCAAGGGCCGAAGCCCGAGAUGGUCUACGACUUCUGGCGCUUGGUGUGGCAGGAGCACUGUUCGAGCAUCGUCAUGAUCACCAAGCUGGUGGAAGUGGGCAGGGUAAGCGGGCUGUGGGGCGGGGGCAUGGCAGGCCGAGGGGGCAGCGAAGAGCCCGCUGAGCCUGCCCCGUGGGGACUCCAGGUGAAGUGCUCGCGGUACUGGCCGGAAGACUCGGACAUGUACGGGGACAUCAAGAUCACGCUGGUGAAGACGGAGACGCUAGCAGAAUACGUUGUGCGCACCUUUGCCCUGGAGCGGAGAGGCUACUCUGCCCGGCAUGAGGUCCGCCAGUUCCACUUCACAGCGUGGCCCGAGCACGGCGUCCCCUACCACGCCACGGGGCUGCUGGCCUUCAUCCGACGCGUGAAGGCCUCCACCCCGCCUGACGCUGGGCCCAUCGUCAUCCACUGCAGCGCCGGCACUGGCCGCACAGGCUGCUACAUCGUUCUGGACGUGAUGCUGGACAUGGCUGAGUGUGAGGGUGUCGUGGACAUUUACAACUGUGUGAAGACCCUCUGCUCCCGGCGCGUCAACAUGAUCCAGACUGAGGAGCAGUAUAUCUUCAUCCAUGAUGCAAUCCUGGAGGCCUGCCUGUGUGGGGAGACCACCAUCCCUGUCAGUGAAUUCAAGGCCACCUACAAGGAGAUGAUCCGUAUUGACCCUCAGAGUAAUUCCUCCCAGCUGCGGGAAGAGUUCCAGACGCUGAACUCGGUCACGCCGCCGCUGGACGUGGAGGAGUGCAGCAUCGCCCUGCUGCCCCGCAACCGAGACAAGAACCGCAGCAUGGACGUCCUGCCGCCCGACCGCUGCCUGCCCUUCCUCAUCUCCACCGACGGGGACCCCAACAACUACAUCAACGCGGCCCUGACUGACAGCUACACGCGGAGCGCAGCCUUCAUCGUGACCCUGCACCCACUGCAGAGCACCACGCCUGACUUCUGGAGGCUGGUCUACGACUACGGCUGCACCUCCAUCGUCAUGCUCAACCAGCUGCACCAGUCCAACUCCGCCUGGCCGUGCCUGCAGUACUGGCCGGAGCCGGGCCGGCAGCAGUAUGGCCUCAUGGAGGUGGAGUUUGUGUCAGGCUCCGCGGACGAGGACUUGGUGGCCCGUGUCUUCCGGGUGCAGAACAUCUCGAGGCUGCAGGAGGGGCACCUGCUGGUGCGGCACUUCCAGUUCCUGCGCUGGUCCGCGUACCGGGACACACCGGACUCCAAGAAGGCCUUCCUGCGCCUGCUGGCCGAGGUGGACAGGUGGCAGGCGGAGAGCGGGGACGGGCGCACGGUCGUGCACUGCCUAAAUGGGGGUGGCCGCAGCGGCACCUUCUGCGCCUGCGCCACGGUCCUGGAGAUGAUUCGCUGCCACAACCUGGUGGACGUUUUCUUUGCUGCCAAAACGCUUAGGAACUACAAACCCAAUAUGGUGGAGACCCUGGAUCAGUACCACUUUUGCUAUGAUAUGGCUCUGGAGUACCUGGAGGGGCUGGAGUCAAGAUAGCGGGGGCCCCUGGCCUGGAGCACCCACUGUGCACUCAGGGCCAGGCCCGUCAUCCCGACCGAGAGGAAGACCUGUGUCCCCAACUCUGCUCAACCACAACCCAUAGGGAAGGCACUGGAGUGGGUGAUGGGCCUUCUUGGUGCUGCCUUCACAGGGGGCAGGGCCUUUUGCCAAAUGUACCGUGGGCAGCCUGGGGGCCAAGGAGGAGCUUAGCAAGACUGCAGCCCAGCCCACCUGCGUGGGGCCCUGCUGGCCUGUGCCGAGAGGCCAGGCACUGCCUGGCAGAGUGACAGGAACUCAGAACUGCUUGCUCGGGGGGACUAGGCUCAAGCCCCGUGACUGUAUCCCAGCCCUUGGUGGGAUGUGUACCAGGCCAAGGUUCCACCCAGCAUGGCUCCACAUGAGCAGGGAGUGCACUGGGCUUUGGCAUCUAGAAUCCCAUCUGGCCCAGUCCCUGCGGUCCUGGGGAGACUGGGCUUUGCUCUGAUUUGCCAGUGGGCACAUCGGACUGAGGUUCCCCAGGCGGAACCGCAGCCCCUCCUCCAGCACUGCGCCCCGUAGCCCCUGGGAAAUCUUGCUCAUGAUCCCUCCCACUUUUGCUUCCCUGACAUGUGCUCUGAGUUCCCUGAACCAGGAUCUGCCCACCCCUCCCCUGCCCGACACGAAACCCCUUCCCUGCCUGACCCAACGUCUGCAGAAUGAGACACAACCUCAGGCGCCUCUGCCUAUAACUUCCCGGCCUCACUGGCCGGGUCCUGCUCAGCCUGGGCCAGUGACAGUCUGAACAAUAAGGCUGAACAACAGCCCGUGGGGUUGAGGUUCCUGUGGCUCCCGAUCAGGCUGCCAACUGGGGAGAGAGCACUGUUAGGUGAGGGCUGCUCCCAACCCUGAGAGUUCAGAGGAAGAAGGUGUGUUUUGGAGUGGAGGAUCGAUGCUUUUUUUUAGUUUUGAUGGGUGGGUGGGAAGCUCUCUUUACAACGGGGCAGGCCACACCCCCAUUCCGUGCCUCAGAUUCCCCAUCUGUAAACUUUAGAUAUGACUACUGACCUACCUCGCAGGGGCUGUGGGGAGGCAAAAGCUGAUGUUUGUCAAGUGCUUUGUAAAUAAACGUGCUCUCUGAAUGCCA